AUGGUUCAGGAUGGGAGAUGCAUCGGAGUUUUUAUUAUGCUUACUGCAAAGAAACUUCUUUGGGUUUUGAAGGAACAUGAACAAUCUUGGGAUGGAGCCUAUUUUCGUGGAAUUAUUCUGCAACAACAUGUAAGUCCAUUUCUUCUGGAUCCAAUCAAUGUUCUUGACACAAAUAAAGUUGUAUUUCUUCAUGAUAAGGCACCUUGUAUGAAGGCCAAUGCAACACAGCGUCUUGUGGAAGAUGAGGGGUAA